GAAAUCCAUUCGGAUGACAAGUCAAGAUGUAAAGGAGGAAUUGAUCAUGUUUGGAUUACGAACAAGAAUUGGAAUUCCUCGAUCCAGGUUCAAGCUACACUCCAAUGGACAAGAGUUAGAGCAGUGUCUUAAUAUGGAACAAGUGAAUUCGUUUGUUCGAGAUGGAUUCUUGAUAUGGGAUGACGGUAAAUACUAUGGGGAUGGUAGCAUUCCCCUAUUAUACGGAGGUGAUGGUACCACCAUAGAACACAAGUCAGAUAACAAGCCAACGUUAUACGAAAACGAUGAAAUCUGGUUGUUAUCUGACUUUGUCGAUGAAUUAAAGGAAGGUGGACUAAGGCCCACCGAAAAAGGAUUGGCUUUAAUAGAUGAAAUC